AAAAAUAAAAUAAAAGAAAGGGAUUUAAAACCCAGAAACAGAAUCCUUGAAAUUGCACCAUUACCAUGGUAAGCAAAAUCAUAAGCAGCAUCAUUGCCAUAAUUACCACCUUAUCUUUCUUCUUCAGUUCAACCCCACCAAAAUCAUACUACCACUCACUAUUCAUAUCUCCAUCUCUGUCCAACAAUGAAUCAAUAUCGCGCCACCUUUACACCCUCACCCGUCGUCCUCACCUCGCCGGUACUGAAGCCAACGAGGAGGCGGCUUUGUAUGUCUUGUCGACUCUCUCCAAUAAUCAGAUCAAAUCACACCUAGCAGAAUAUGCCGUCUUACUCACUUACCCAGACUCCCGUUCCUUGACUUUAAUCCGCCCAUCCCCAGAACCACCCAUCAGUUUCACUCUCCGUCAAGAGGUCUAUGAAGGAGACCCAUAUGCUGACGUGGCAGACCAAGUGGAACCCACAUUUCAUGCAUACGCCAAGUCAGGUACUGUAAAGGGACCAGCAGCGUAUGUAAAUUACGGGCGUGUGGAGGACUACACAACACUUAAAGAGAUGGGGAUCAAUGUUUCAGGUGCUAUCGUGUUGGCAAGAUACGGAGAGAUAUAUAGAGGGGAUAUAGUUGAAAACGCAUAUGAUGCAGGUGCAACUGGAGUAUUAAUUUAUACGGAUAGGAAAGAUUAUGGUGGGGCAGGGGGGGAUACAAAAUGGUUUCCAGAUGACAAGUGGAUGCCACCAAGUGGCGUCCAGGUGGGUAGCGUGUUUAACGGGGCAGGUGACCCUACAACGCCAGGCUGGCCUAGUAGUAUCGAGGGAUGUGAGAGGUUAUCUGAUGAAGAGGUGGAAGAGGGGGGAGAUGUUCCAUUAAUACCUUCAUUGCCUAUUUCGGGUGCCGAUGGUGAGGAAAUCUUAAGGUCCAUAGGUGGAGUGAUGGCUAAAAAUGGUUGGCAGGGCGAUAAAAAUGCUCCGGUUUAUAGGGUUGGACCGGGACCUGGGAUUAUAGACCUCAGUUACAAGGCAAAACAAGUUAUAAGUACAAUUCAGAAUGUGAUAGGCAUAAUUGAAGGAGCAGAAGAGCCUGAUAGAUUUGUUGUCCUCGGUAAUCACCGGGAUGCUUGGACCUUUGGAGCUGUUGAUCCCAACAGUGGCACUGCUGCUUUGCUUGAGGUUGCUGAAAGGCUAGAAAAGCUUCAGAAACAGGGUUGGAAACCUCGAAGAACUAUCAUAUUUUGCAAUUGGGAUGCAGAGGAAUACGGACUGGUAGGCUCAACAGAAUGGGUUGAAGAAAACCGAGAAAUGCUAGCAUCAAAGGCUGUUGCUUACUUGAACAUUGACAUAGCGGUUUCUGGCGCAGGAUUUCGGGCCUCUGCAACUCCACAGCUUGAUCAGUUAAUCAUAGAAGCUACAAAACAGGUUCAAGACCCAGACAACUUAUCACAAACAGUCUACGAAUCAUGGGUACAAAAUACCAAUAGUCCCCAGAAAUUUGAUGAGGAAAAGAUUGGAAGGUUAGGAGGUGGAGGAUCAGAUUACGCAGCAUUUGUACAGCAUAUUGGCGUCCCGUCAACAGACAUAUCAUUUGGAAACAGCUACCCAGUCUACCACUCCAUGUAUGAUGACUUUGUCUGGAUGAGCAACUUUGGCGACCCAAUGUUUCGUAGACACCUAGCAGCGGCAAGCAUUUGGGGUUUAGUUGUUCUUCAGCUUGCAGAUGAAGAGAUAUUGCCUUUCAGUUACGAUUCCUAUGUGCAGGAGCUUCAGGAAGCCGCAGAGGAUUUGAACACUGAAUUAUCAGAUCAAAGAAUAAGCCUCGAUCCCUUAUUCAAAUCUAUUGGAAAAAUGAGAAAAGCAGUCACGCAAAUAAAUGAUGAAAUCAAGGAAUUAAAAGAAACCAAAGGCUGGGCAUUCAUGAGGAAAACUCAACCUUGGAAAGUAAGAGAAAUAAAUGACAGAUUGAUGAUGGCAGAACGAGCACUUACAGAUAGGGACGGACUCCCUGAAAGAUCAUGGUACAAGCAUCUGAUUUAUGCUCCAUCAAAGCACAAUGAUUAUGGAUCUAAAUGCUUCCCAGGAAUAGAUGAUGCCGUUGAAAACGCAAAGAACCUCAACACCGCGGAUUCAUGGCAUUCUGUACAGCAUGAAAUUUGGAGAGUCUCCAGAGUAGUCACGCAGUCAUCACUAGUACUCCGUGGUGAAUUAACAUAGAAUAUACUGUUACAUUAUCUGGUUUUACAUGUCCACUUUUAUCCUAUGAUGUCUUAUGGUACUAUUUUACAAGUUCAUCACAUUCAAGCAUCAUAGUGCUUGAUCAUGUUAUGUCAUAGCGGAAUCCAGAUUUUUACCUCUGUAA